UGGGACAGACACAGUUUCUCUGGAUAACCUGUGCCAGUGCCCCCUUUUCUAUGUGUAGCCUGUGUCCCCCAUCUCGGGGGUUUUUGAGACCUACUGGGGACCAUGGAUGCCCAACAAGCAUCAUCUCCCUGCUCUGAGAUGCCUUGACCACGGAGAGAGCAACAGGGAGGCUUUUGUUCUGCACCAGAAACUUUUCAUCCUUCUUUAUGACUGCUUUUUUAUUUCUUUUGGCUGUGCCCUUGCAAAUCUGAAGCAGUUUAAAAUACAGUUCCUCCCCCCUACUCCCCUUAAAAAAAAAAAAAACAACCCCAAAGCUUGGCUGCUUGAAAUCAUCAGAUUUCACUGGAGUCCUUUAAAGUUAACAGUUUCCUGGAUCCUGGGCAGACUAACUGAUUCUUCCCCUUUAACCUCCGUGUUUUUUGCUGUAACGUUUCUCAGCUGUUGCAGCAGGAGGGAGGGAGGAAGGACCAGGGCAGCUCCAAUGUGGAGAAGGUUAUUUCACACAGGGGUUGGAUGAGUCUGGUGUGGGAUUUCCACCACAGGAGACAGAAGGGUUGUCCCCAGCAGUCUGAGUCCCCACGACAUGGCUAGCAGGUAGGUCAUGGCUGCGUUUGUGACACUCUUUUGGGGCAAAAUAUUAGGGAAAUGGUUCCAUUGGAAGAGGAUAGUGGGAUGCUGGGGGUUGGUCUGAGCUUUGUUUCUGCUGACUGUUUAUUUGCCGAGGGCUGUGAUGGUUUCUAGCUGUGCUCGUGGAUGUGGGGACUGGCGCAAGAGCAGCACAGCUCAGCUGCAUACGAGCAUGAGGAAUUUUUCUGGCUUGAAUUUGCUGCCCCAAAAGCAGCCUUGGAUGUUCCGUACUCACGCAAUCUCUUAGUGGGGCUGCUGAGAAGAGCAUCACAAGUUAAAAGAGUUGGAAAGAAAAGCAGCAGUCCAGUGCUGGUUGGUUUUGUUGCCUAUCCUCCAAGAAUUGUCUCUCCUUCCUUGCAAAAGGUCACCUGGAGCUUUCCCAGACAGAGGAGGUUUCUCUCGGGCAGUUGAGGAGCUGGAGGCAGCCAGCCUUGGCCAGAGGCAGUGAUUAUCAACACGAGCCCGAGGGCGAGGUGGGGCAGCGCCCUCCGGCUGAAACAUCCUCAUGCCACGAGCCCCGAGCGUGACCGAGGGGAGCCCUGAACCGUCCCAAACCCCUCUGACCCAGCGGGACCGAAACCCAAAGCCAGCCCUGAGCUGCGCAUUAACCCCGCCGGAGCUGGGAACAAAGGUUUGGGGGCUGGAUUGAGCUUUUGAAAAUUUAUUUGCAAAGCAAACCAGCUCAGCUGAGCGGAACAGGCUUCGGUGGAGGAGUGUGAGCUGGGUGGUUGCUGGGCUAUAAAAUCCCAUCCCCACCAGCGCUGGCAGGGGGAUGUGCCGGCUCCCUGAGCUCUCCAAGUGUUUCCACGUUGGCCGGGAGAGGUUCUGAACAUGCGUGUUGGUCUCUGGAGGCUUUAAUCAAAUCCAGGCUUUACCAGAAAUCGCCUGGAAACUUCCAGCGAGCUGAGGAAACUGAAAGCAGCCGGAGCAAGGAGGCUCCCGGGCAGGGGUUUGGGGCUGGCAGGGAUGUUGCCUUCAGCAAGGGGAUAGUCCCGGUGAGGCAGGCGGGAGGAGAGCCUACCCAUGAGCUCAGACUUCCAGCAUUACAGUUUCAGGAUGCCUAACAUCGGGUUCCAGAACCUUCCUCUCAACAUAUACAUCGUGGUUUUCGGCACAGCCAUUUUCGUCUUCAUCCUCAGUUUGCUCUUCUGUUGCUACUUGAUUAGGCUCAGGCAUCAGGCACACAAAGAGCUUUACGCCUACAAACAGGUCAUACUCAAGGAGAAAGUGAAGGAGCUGAACCUCCAUGAGAUCUGUGCCGUGUGCCUGGAGGAGUUCAAGCCCAAGGACGAGCUGGGGAUCUGUCCCUGCAAACAUGCCUUCCACAGGAAGUGCCUCAUCAAGUGGCUGGAGGUGCGGAAGGUGUGUCCCCUGUGUAACAUGCCGGUGCUGCAGCUGGCGCAGCUGCACGGGAAGCCGGACCCGGGCCCGCCGCAGGUGCCGCUGCCCGGCUCCCAGAACAUCGUAUAG